AUGGCAGCAAUAGCGAAGACGAGUGCGCUAAAGGACGAAGCGCAAGAGACAGUCACGCGUUUGUAUGUACAGAAUCUGCCGGCUUACGUAGACUCAGCGCGGUUGCGUGAGCACUUCGCGGCGCAGGGCGAGGUGACGGACGCUUGCGUGAUCCGCACCAAAGACGGCAGCAAGUCCCGGCGCUUCGGCUUCGUGGGCUUCAAGAGCUCGACACAGGCAGAGCAGGCGCGCAAGUUUUUCCAUCAGAGCUUCUUUGACACGUGCAAGAUUAAUGUGCGCGUUGCGCUAGCGAGGGAAUCUGAUGAUAUGGAGAGGCCAUGGAGCAAAUACUCGGCUGGAAGCGGUCGCUAUCAGAAGCUGCACUCGGAGUCGGGUGUCACGAGCGGCGAAUUUCAAGAGUUCAUGGAGACCAUGCAGGCCCGAUCCAAGACGAAGUUCUGGGCCAAUGACGAUGUGCAGGGGCCGACGGACGGUAAAACAGCUACCAAGGGCGUGGAUAUUGCUGACGCAGAGGACAGUGACGACGAAUACCAGGAACUUGACACGAUGAAACCUGAUGAAGAUGAAGAAGAUAGCACGGAGAAGGUAAAGAAGGGCAAGAAAUCGGAAGCCAUGUCCGAUAUGGACUUCCUGCGCUCCAAAAUGAGCAAAAGCGAAGCGGGGACUGAAGACGACAAACCCACCGCGCGUUUAUUCGUGCGGAACUUGCCAUUCACGGCAGUUGAGGAGGAUCUGGAGGCACUGUGCUCGACGUAUGGUCCCGUGGAAGAAGUACACAUGCCGCUGGAUGACACACGCCGUCGCAAAGGCUACGGUUUUGUAUUAUUCCGCACCACUGUGGAUGCUCAAGCAGCACUCACAACUCUGAACGGAAUGGCGUUCCAAGGUCGACGUCUCCACGUGAUCUUCGCACGCUCCAAGCCUGUCAAACUCGACCCAGAGGCGGCUCUGGCAGACCCGAAUUUGAGCUACAAACAACGUAAGGAACUAGAGCGUCAGAUUCAGGCCCAGAAGAAGACGGGAUGGAACGCUUCGUACAUUCGCGGAGACGCGACUGUGGGGUCACUCGCCGAGCGUAUGGGCGUGAAACGUGGCGAGAUUAUGGACAAGGAACAGGGCAACAUGGCUGUGCGUCUUGCUAUUGGCGAGACGAUGCUGGUCAAGGAGAACAAAGAUUUCUUCGCUCGAGAAGGCGUGGAUCUCAACGCCAUUGAAGGAGCUUUAGUAAAGAAGCCAACCCAACAGCAAGCGAAAAAGAUCGAGCGAAGUACGACUGUCAUCUUGAUCAAGAAUCUCCCACACACCACCGACGAGGAAGAACUGGCUCAGCUUUUCCGUAAACACGGAGAGAUCGGUCGCUUCCUGCUGCCACCUUCGAAGACUCUCGCUGUCGUGGAGUUCCUGGAGCCUUCGGAAGCUCGCAAAGCCUUCCGCUCUCUAGCGUACAAGAAGUACCAGCAUGUGCCGUUGUAUCUUGAGUGGGCUCCUGUUAAAGUGUUCGAUCGUCCGGCUUCGAGUACUAACACGUCGUCUUCAGAACAGAAAGGCAUCAAAACUACAUCUGCCGUGGUGCCAGACGUUGAUGACGAUGCUGAUGCUGCUGUGGGUGACGCGUGCCACACGAUUUGUGUUAAGAACUUGAAUUUCUCGACGAAGGAGCCAGCACUGGAGAAGAUCUUUGCGCGUUGUGGUAAGCUACGUAAAGUCACCGUAGCUCGUCGGAAAGACCCCAAGCGAGGCAUGUUGUCCAUGGGUUUUGGCUUCGUGGAAUACGUCGAUGCGAAGGAUACAGAGCGAGCGUUGCAGACGCUACAGAACACGGUCGUGGAUGGCCACGCACUGAAUUUGAAGCUCUCUCAGAAGAAGGCGUCGACUGCUCCCAAGCGCGCGGCUGGUGAAGUGGACGGUGAAGGUCGAAAGUCGAAAAUCAUUGUGCGAAAUGUUGCAUUCGAAGCAACGAGCAACGAAAUUCGCGAGUUGUUCGGUGCCUUCGGACAGCUCAAACGUGUGCGCAUGCCCAAGAAAUUCGACGGCAGACACCGUGGCUUUGCGUUCGUUGAAUUUCUCACGGAGCAGGAAGCUCGCAACGCAUUCUCGGCUCUUGCCAGCUCGCAUCUGUACGGUAGACAUCUUGUGCUCGAGUGGGCAGAGGAUGCAGACGAUAUCGACACAUUGCGAGCCAAGGCGACGCGUGAUGUGACCGCCAUUAACGACAGCGAACGUCGUAAGCGCAUGAAGCGACAGAAAGACGAGGACGAAGAUGACAUGGACUUCUGA